AUGGCUUCUUCUCCUCUGCUCGUCCUGUUCGCAUUCUUCGCCGCGUCGUCAGUCGGCGUGGUCGCCGUCUCCGACUGCGCAGCUCCUCCUACUCCUCCCGCCGUAGCCGCCGGUGGCCUCAUCGCUUCCACAUGCAACCGUACGCUGUAUUACGACGUCUGCGUCGCCUCGCUCGCCUCCCGCCCCGGCAGCCGUCGCGCCGACCUCCGCGGCCUCGCGUCCAUCUCCCUAGACGUCGGCCUCGACCAUGCCAGGGCCACCGUCUCCCUCGCCAAGGCCCUCUCCAAGCGCCACGCCGCCGCCGCCGCCACUGGCGGCGCCUACGCCGCGGGGUGCCUCAGCGAUUGCGUCGAGGAGUAUCGCGAGGCCGUGGACGGCCUCCGGAAGUCCGCCGCCGCCCUCCGCCGCAGGGACUACGACGACGUCAACGACCUCGUCUCCGGCGCCAUGACUAACUCCGACACCUGCGAGAGCGCGUUCGCCGACAAGCCCGGGCUGCGGUCGCCGUUGACGGAGAGGAACAGCUACUUCUUCAAGAUCUGCAGCAUCUCCAUUGCCAUCACCAAUCUCCUCCAUGGCUCUACUUCACGAGCUCUCUAAAUCAAUUGCCUGUACUAAUUUGACUCGUAAUGGAACUAUUAUCUGUGCAUUUUGUUAAUAAACUAUAAAGAGUUUAAGCUUAA